AUGAGAAAUGUUUACAAUCAUAGACAAAAAAAGAAGAGGAAGAAGUUAAGCAAUUAGAAAAUAAAAUUAAUAUUAGAAAUUUAUUUAAGUUAAGUAAGAGAUCAAAAUAAAUAAAAUGGAAAACAAACAAUUGAAAAGAAAAACAAUAUUAAAAAAGAAUUAUGUAUAACUGCAUUUAUUAAUGAGUAUAGAAAAAAUUAGAUAAAGAAAUUUAAUAAUUAGACUCAGAUGAAUAGAAAUAAAAGGAUGAAUUGAAAAAAAUAAAAAAAAGAUUCUCGAGCAAGAGUACAAUGAAGUUAAUUUAUGGGAAGAUAUAAAUAAAUUCGCUAGAAAAUUUUAUCCUCUAUUUGAAUCAAAUUAAAUUGCUGAUAAUAAAUCAUUCAAACUAAAAAAUGAAUGAGAUCGACUAAGUAAAGUACAUAAAAUUAAAUAUUAUUAAUUAGAUGUUUUAAAUGA